AUCAGAAGGGUUAAAUAUAGGGGGAGGGGAGAUGACAGCAAACCAACAGAGCGGUAUAUAAAAACACUUCGGGCGCACUCAAAGCAGGCACUGAGUUUGUGUUGGAGAGCUUGCGUAUGUCCACGCAAAGAGGAGCGUGCGUCGUGAAACGCUCUUGACAGCAUGUACCUGAAUUUGUGAUAAGAAGUUUUUCGCCAAACACAAUAGCACCAUUGUGUGCCCUGCGCUUAGUCUCCAGGAGGCAGCGAGUUUUUAUUUCAUUAGAGAAAAUGGAAUCAUAACAACAACAUAACAACGCGCUCUUGAUAACAACGCUCGGAACUGUAGGCGUAGGAGAACGGACAUGGUUGAUAAGCGCAGUAUUCAAUGCAAAGGGGGUAAAUUAAGGACCAAGAGAUGAAGGGAGAAUUCAAUUUGUCAGGGUGAAGUUUCACGAGAAGCUGCAAGGAAUGAUGCAGAAGUCUUCCAUUCCAAUCGUUGCCUGGUUGUGAGGCAAUUCACCUGAACUCCAGCAAGGAGUGAGAAGAGCAACUUCAGAAGGCUACUUUGGGAACCCUGGGCCCUACACACAGGCAACUCAAUAACUCAUUAUUGACGUGUUAUUUUUGUGUUAUAUUGAGAUGGGAAAUUGUAGAGUUUCUAGAGCUGAGGUCAUAGAUUAAAUCCUUUAGCCUACCUGGACACCACCUCAGAACUUUUCAUGAAUUCGUAGCCUAUCUCGGAGCCAUUGUCUGACAAAUACACUGGUUUAACUUCAAGGAGUACGACCUAUAUCACCUGGGGGACUACUCCCUGCGACUCAUCCUUGCAUUUAGUUACUUUACUUCCCUUUUCCUCUGAAAUUUGAUAUUUCUGAUCCCGAAGUGGCUCCGCAGUGGUGUUGCGGCUCCUCGUCCGCGGCGGAUCCGGAGAUCGGAGGUUCUGCAGCGGGAGGAGGCGGCGGUGGAACCCCUGCCACACCGCAGGGUCCAAAAACCGGUCGCGUGAAAAGGAUGAUUCGGUUGGCGGCAGAAUUGUUGUUACUGCUGGGACUGUUGCUACUAACUUUACACAUCACAGUACUGCGAAGCAGUCCUCUACAACCGGGGAACGCAACGUUAGAUCAGGAGCAGCACGCGCUGACAACGCAGAAUGAUCUCAAUGCUGAGAGCAGCUCUUCGUCGCAGCACGGCCCAGGGGACUGGAGAACGGGCCCAGAGCACAGAGUGGAGCCCCACCGGCCGGCGUCCCAGCCCUGGGUCCAGACCCAGAACCAAAACCAGGGGGCCGGGAGCAGCCUGCAGAGGGACGGGCCGGGGGCCUUCCUGCUGGACCUCCAGCACCUUCCGGACCUCUCCAAGGCGGACAUAAACGGACAGAACCCCAACAUACAGGUGACCAUCGAGGUGGUGGACGGACUGGAGGCGGCCGAGCCAGAAAAGGGCCUUCGCAAAGAGAAGAAACCAGGCUGGGCCACACCCAACUGGAGGAACUGGUGGCAGCGUUCGUCUUCCUCUUCCUCAUCGUCCACCUCCUCCUCCUCUUCCUCAAUCUCCUCUCCUGUAUCCACCUCGACGGUGCAGAGACCAGAGGAGCAGGAUUACUCCUAUGAGGGCAACACUGACAACAGCAACUUCCUCAAGCCACUGGAAGACUGGGAGCGCAGAGGUGGAGGAGCAAGCAGACCUGAAUACGACUACAUGGAUGGAGAAGGCGAUUGGAGCAACUGGUCGUCAUGCAGCGUCACCUGCGGCAAUGGUAACCAGAAGCGCACCAGAUCCUGUGGUUACGCCUGUACGGCCACCGAGUCUCGCACCUGUGACAUGCCCAGCUGCCCAGGGAUUGAAGAUGCCUUUAAGACAGCAGCCACUGAGGUCAGCCUGCUCGCUGGGACCGACGAGUUCAAUGCCACAGAGCUCUUUGGUGUUGACACGGACAGCUGCGAGCGCUGGAUGAACUGCAAGAGCGAGUUCCUAAAGAAGUACAUGACCAAGGUGGCCAACGACCUGCCCAGCUGCCCGUGUGCCUACCCGACGGAGGUGGCCUACAGCACGGCGGACGUGCACGACCCGGGGCGGCGUCGGGACUUCCGCUGGAAGGACGCCAGUGGCCCCAAGGAGAAGCUGGAGAUCUACAAGCCCACGGCACGCUACUGCAUCCGCUCCAUGCUCACGCUGGAGUCCACCACGCUCGCCGCGCAGCACUGUUGCUACGACGACGCCAUGAAGCUCAUCACACGCGGCAAGGGCGCCGGCACGCCCAACCUCAUCAGCACCGAGUUCUCCGCCGACCUGCACUACAAGGUGGACGUGCUGCCGUGGAUCAUCUGCAAGGGCGACUGGAGCCGCUACAACAAUGCCCGGCCGCCCAACAACGGCCAGAGGUGCGCGGAGAACCCGCAGGAUGAGGACUACUACAAACAGUUUGAAGAGGCCAGGGAGUUCUGAGCUUGGCACAGAAACAAAAAGAGGAGAGAGAAGAGAAGAGAAGAGAACUGAUGUGUUUAUUUGGGUUAGCGUACACACACACACACACACACACAGGGGUGGAACCACUUUCUUUUCUCUCGUAUGAUGGGGAGUCGUGGAGGAGCGUGUGGAGGGACGCCCCUGUAGCUGCAACACGAGCAGUGCAGCUGUUUGUCCAGGACAGUCUUUUAUUAGCCAAACAGGCGUGCAGUGGAAGCAUCAGCGCUUCUCUCGCGUUCCACCUUCCAGCAAAGCCAAGCGAAGCAGAGCAGAGCAAAGCAGGGCUCCUUCAGCCAACCGAGUGCUUAUUCAGUGUAUCAGCAGCCGGUGGUGGACAAGAUGAAAUGUCAUCUUAUACGUUGGUCUUAUAACACUGCUACAUUGUGUUUCUUCUAGUCAUAAAGACUGUACAUUGCAAUUUCAUAGUUUUAUCUGACCAUGUUAGAUGCAAGACAAAAGGGAAAGAGCUGUUGAUUUUUAUGUUAAAAAAGGGAAAAAGAUUUCUCAUGAAUUUUUGAAAAAGAAUCCAUACCUUUUGCCCUGUUUACAUGGCAGAAAAUGGAGGCAACCAAUGAGCUUCAACCGUAAGUUGCAAAAAUGGCAGGUGUAUCUGGCGGCGUUGGAGCUGCUAGGUCCUGCCUCUGGUACAUGUGUAAAUGUUCAAAGACUCAUAUGCAACUUUAGCAUGACACACAGGAGGCAACUCCUCUGCUCACUACAAAGGUGCCGGUUGUCACAUCUUAAAGGACCCCAUGAAAGUUGGUACAUUUGUGUAGUGAGCAUGUACUACAUUUUGCCAAUAAUCCACAGUCAUAUUGUCCUCUCUCCCCCUUAUAUUUGUAUUUGGUUUAAGAAAAAGCAUUACUCUUGAUGUAAAAAAGUGUUAUUUUUGUAAAGUAUUUAUUAAGUUGUAGCUAUGUGCCAUUGUUGGAUGUUCAUGAUAUGUGGAACAUAUGGGAUGUGUGCGUAAUGGUUGUAUGGCCAGAUAUUGAGAAGAAUGUUGAAAUAAAAGGUGAUGUCACCUAAAAUCUCA